AUGUAUAGACUUUAUUGCAGUACGCCACCUGCUGAGCCUGUAUCUAAAAUCGUAUACACAAGAGUAUUCCACGAAUUUGAUCCAGCAUUACCAUUUUAUAAACCCAAAAAAGAUCAAUGUACCAAGUGUAAUAAUUAUAAUAACUGUGUCGCAUCAAACCUAAUUACUGAUAAAAUUAAAACUGAUUGGUCAGAGCAUAAAAGGAGAGAAAAAGAAUCCUUAGAUAUGAAAAAAGAAGACAAGAACAUAGCAAUUGAUAAUAAAGGUAAACAUUUUCGUUCAGUGUCAUUCGAUCUACAAGCAGGUCUUAAUCUUCCACAUGCUGGAGACUCGCAAAUAUAUUAUAAAAGAAAACUCUCAGUAUUUAAUUUCACUAUUUAUGAACACCAUAGUGCAAUGGAUACUACUAUGUAUGGGACGAAUUAA